UAUGAGUGGCCGCUCCAGUCACGUGACUCUAUUUAAGGCUCCCUUAUUUGGGAAGAGCGCAUAGGAUAAAGAAAGAGAUAUCUCCACCUAUAAAUUGUGCACUUUGGAGAACAAAAAACCCCUCAACUUCAAAGAGUCACAAAUCACCCUUAAUCAAAAAGGGUGCAGAAAUUUUUUUUGGGCCCUCCCCGCCAUGAGCUCCUACGUAGCCAAUUCAUUCUAUAAGCAGAGCCCCAAUAUCCCUGCCUAUAACAUGCAAACUUGUGGGAACUAUGGAUCGGCCUCAGAGGUGCAGGCGUCCAGGUACUGCUACGGCGGAUUGGACCUAAGCGUCACUUUCCCACCGCCGGCGCCUUCCAACUCUCUCCACGGGGUAGACAUGGCUGCCAACCCCCGGGCUCACCCCGACCGCCCCGCCUGCAGCGCCGCGGCCGCUCCGGGACACGCUCUGGGCAGAGAUGAAGCAGCUCCCCUGAACCCCGGGAUGCACAGUCAGAAGGCGGCUCGCCCGGCGCUGGAGGAGCGAGCUAAGAGCAGUGGGGAGAUCAAAGAGGAGUCGCAGACAGGGCAGCCCGCCGGACUCAGCCAGCCACCGGCCCCGCCACAGAUUUAUCCGUGGAUGACCAAACUGCACAUGAGCCACGAAACGGAUGGCAAGCGGUCCCGAACCAGUUACACGCGCUACCAGACCCUGGAGCUCGAGAAAGAAUUCCACUUUAACCGCUACCUCACCCGCCGCAGGCGCAUAGAGAUUGCCAACAACUUGUGUCUCAACGAGAGACAGAUCAAGAUCUGGUUCCAGAACCGCAGGAUGAAGUGGAAGAAAGAUUCCAAAAUGAAGAGCAAAGAGGCUCUUUAGAGGCAGCAGGGAGCGCGCGGAAAGCACCCCAGCCGGCUUUGGUCCCUGCGCCCUUCCUUUUCGGUUUUCCUUGUUCUAGAUUUUGGGGCGGAGGCUGGAGCGCUGGCUCCCGGCCUCCCAGACAAAAGCGCAUUUCCUUGGCAUUCCGAAUCCCCGUCGACCCAGGGUUCCGCAGGGCCGCCUGAGCAGCCUGUCUCGCCUCAACUCAGCUGAGCACCAGGCCCGGGCACACCCUUGCAGGCUUUGGCCGCAGGGCCGCAGCGCACUACUGGCCCUCGGAGCCGGCUAUGUCUCGUCCUGGGCCGCGCCUCCAGCCCUAGCUCGGCCAGCCUGAGUUAAGGUGAGACAGCCCGGCCCUAACCCCUUCGUCACACCUCUUCACCCUCUUCUUUGUUCCUGCCUAGGCCGGCCAGGCCGCUGAAGGCUGUCUGUGCCGGGCAGUGGCUAUGAGCAGACUUGGGGUGCUUUCCUAUAGCAACUAACCUUUAUAGCUUCUAAACUCAUCUUUACUUAUUAAUGAUUUGCAUAUGAAAGACGGAGCCGAAAGUGGGCCCGUGGCCCUCCCAACCUUCUAACCUCCUCCCCACAGCCCGGAACCUCCCCAGCCUGGCCUGCUGCAUGCACUCUCAGGUUCAUGGUCCCAGCCUGCUAGCUAGCUCAACUAUUGGGUCUCUUGCCUUUGGACCCUAGCAAACGGUUCUUGAGGCUUUUUCCUGUAUCUUGCCACAUUCUCACUUUCCUGCCCCAUUGCAGCCGCCCCACUAUUUAUUGACUCCAGGUCCUUCCUGAAACUAUAUUUUGUCAUAUCAAAUAAAGAUGAAGAAAGAGCAGGACUAAAGAUGCAGUGACUUCUGUCUGUCUAGGGCACGCGUUGAGCAGGGAUGUGUCUAAGUAGGCUCCAAGGUGUUGGCGAGGCCCACUUAAGCCUUCCCUUUGAAAACAUCUUAAAUACGCCUAGGAGCAUCGAGAAGGGGGGACUGUAACUGAAUUCCUUUCUCGAUUUAUGGUUCCAAGAAGGGGCUCUGGGAUGAAGGGGAGAAGACUUGAGGGCCCCUGUACUGGCGUUUCCCAUGCCCUGAUUGUCUAAGGCACCCAGACUUUUCUAGGCUUGAGGCUGCUGGACUGAAUUUGUAGUCUGUGGUUAUUCCAGGAAUGGGAACCCAUGGCUCCACUGGCUUGUCUCAGGCCCCUCUGGCUCUCAAGGGCUCUACUGAGUCUUGGUCACCCCUGAGGGUCGCUUCUGGACAAAGAAGAAAGGCUGAGUCCUCAGUCUACGGUUGUGUUUGACUCCCAGAAGGACCUCCAGAAAUAGUAGGUGCUACUAAGUAAAGAGGUGUGGGGUAAG